AUGUCAAUCCAGAGUUGCAAGGGCAUGGGCUUCCUAGUUGGCGACGUGCCUAAGACGGACUUUCUCCAAGAAAUCCCAGGAUGGACAUACGCCCUGCGAGAGCUCCACUACAGCCAGUUUGGUGAAGGUCAUUCACACGAGGGUUGCGCAGUGCUUCUUGUCCUCGUGAAGGGCAAUGUCGAAGGGUUGGCAACCCGGCUGGCGUCGCUGUGCGGGGAAGGUAUGAGCCAGCGCACGUGCCCCUGCAGCGCCUGUCCGGAUCCAGAUGGCCCACGGUCCACCAUGAGCUUGGUGUCGACGCCGUCGGACGAGAAGAUGAAGGAUGCUGUGGAUCUGCUGCGCCAGGGCGCGCCCGAAGGCCCGCACUACAUCGACUCGAGCCGCAAGCGCCGUAAGAUUUCGACAACGCCCUUGAUGACAACUCGAUCGUCCAGGAACCUUGUUCUGCUCAACGGCGAUGUGUACGUGCUGGGCGUGAAUGAGGCACUCAUGUCCUUGGGAUGGUGCGAUGAUGUGAAUCUCCACUUGCUAGGCAGUCUCGCAACCCAGCAAUCAGUAAUCAGUGGUCUGUUGCCAAAGGCGCUUGUCAGGGCAGCUUGCGAAGCAACGCUGAAGGUAACUCACAGCAUGUGA